AUGAGUCGCAACGUCAGAAGAAGACAACCAGGUCUAGAAUAUGGACUCUAUUUGCUGGGAAUGCAAGCUGUCAAUUAUGGUGUUGACAAAAUUCCACCUGUUACACUUCUGGCGAUCAUUGGCCAGGCGCUGUUAUACACAGGAUUGAUUCAAGUACCCUGGAACUCUGAAGAUGUCUGCAUAUCAGCUGUAAAAGUCUUGAAAUACAAAGACUGGCGGUCAUUUAUAAUCUCAAACUUUGAACACGGCUCGGACAUGCAUCUGUACUACAACAUGGUCUCUUUGAUAUUCAAAGGAUCUUACCUAGAGCCAAUGUACUCGACAGCUAACUUCGGGAUACUCUUGGGAGUCCUGUCACUGGGCUGCAGCGGAAUGUACGUAUUUGUUUCAUGGCUGCUUAUGCAAAUCACCGCUGACUACUCGUAUUAUACAACCUGCGCUAUUGGAUUUUCGGCGGUACUCUUUGCGCUGAAAGUUAUUGUCGUCUGCGAGGAGCGAGAUCGCUUGCAUGACGUAGGUGGCUUCAGAGUUCCCAGCAAGUAUGCAGUGUGGGCCGAACUGGUGCUGAUACACGUUCUGGUACCCAAUGCUUCCUUCGUCGGUCAUCUUGGCGGAAUUCUUGUCGGCUGUAUUUAUUGUUACUCAUUUGUCGGAGCGAUUAUUGACAGUAAAAUCAAUAUGAUCACCGGAAAGCCUAUUAUUCACGAGGAGGCCUUCUACAGGAGACGCUCUUCGCUGUUUUUUUGA